GAGCUCUAUACCAUCUCGUACCUCGGCUUCUUCGCCAUUCUCGGCACCCUUGCCCGCCUGGGACUGCAGGCCCUCACCACGUACCCCGGUACUCCAACCAUCUUCAGCUCCCUCUGGCCCAAUUUUGCAGGAUGUCUCGUCAUGGGCUUCCUCGCAGAAGAUCGCAAGCUGUUUCUGCACGAAUGGGGCAUCCUCAGAUCAUCAGGCGGCGAAUCUCGGAAAGAUUCCGACCAUCCGGCAGCGAUACUCGCCGCGAGGAAGGCACAUCUCGCCGUCAAGAAGACCAUCCCGCUGUACAUCGGCCUGGCGACUGGUUUCUGCGGCUCCUUCACCUCCUUCUCGUCGUUCAUGCGCGACGUGUUCCUCGCUUUGUCCAACGAUCUCCCUCCACCCGGCGAACCCCAAAGCACCACAAUACCCAGGAACGGCGGGUACUCGUUCAUGGCCCUCUUGGCAGUCCUCAUAGUCACGAUCUCCCUGUCGCUCAGUGGGCUGUCCAUGGGCGCACACCUCGCCAUCGCUAUCGGGUCUUACACGCCGUCCAUCUCAUUUCGCGUCAUGAGCAAGGUUCUCGACCGCACAGCCGUGAUCCUGGCCUUCGGAUGCUGGCUCGGCGCCGUCCUGCUCACCGCACUCCCACCGCACAACGACGAGUAUUGGCGUGGCACCGCGACGUUUGCCCUCGUCUUCGCGCCCCUGGGCUGUCUGCUGAGGUUCUAUAUCUCGGCCUGGCUCAACAAGCGCCGCGCCUCGUUUCCCUGGGGCACUUUUGCAGUCAACAUUCUCGGCACGGCGGUCUUGGGCAUGGCAUGGGAUAUACAACAUGUCCCUGUUGGUGGCGUCUUGGGCUGUCAGGCACUUCAGGGCAUCGAGGAUGGGUUCUGCGGGUGUCUGACGACUGUGUCGACGUGGGCCGCGGAGCUCGUCUCGCUGCGCAGACGGGACGCGUAUGUGUAUGGUGCGGCGAGCGUCGGGGCUGGGCUGGCCGUGAUGGUCGCGGUGAUUGGUGGGUUAAGGUGGACGGAGGGCUUUGCAACGAUACAGUGUGUGCAUUAG